AUGAAGUUACCAAUAUACACAGUCGAUGCAUUUACUAUUAAUAACGAGCCCUUCACGGGAAAUGGAGCCGCGGACGACAUAUCGGACGAAAUAAAGCAAAAAAUAGCGUCCGAAAUGAAUUUGAGUGAAACGGCUUUCGUAACCAAAGCGUGGACUAGGAGUCAGAAAGUGGUGACCAAUACAUACACUAUAAGAUGGUUUUCACCCUUCGUGGAGGUGCCCAUAUGUGGCCAUGCUACACAGGCCAGUGCCGCCGCCCUAUAUGAUAGAUAUUUUAAAAACCAUAUACCUGGCUCAACUCAAACAAACACUUCAAUUUACAUUAAUUUUAUCACAAAAUUUAAGGGAAUAUUUAUAGCGACGAUAAACACGUCCGAUAUGUCCGUAACUAUAGACCUACCAUUACCAGAUGUCAACCCCAUUACCCGAAAGUUAAACUCCAGGGUUGUAGACAUCAUUAGACAUACAUUGGGACCGGAUAUUAACACAGACAGUGUGGUAGACAUCGGGCUGACCACAGAUAUGCCGUAUAUUUUAUUACGAUUGAGAGAUGGCUUAUGCGGUGGUGAACCCCUAAUACAUAAGGUUUCACCAGAUUUUACUAAAUUAGCGAAAGCGACAAAUGACUGGAAUUUUGCGGUCGGAGUGAUUGUCACAGAAAAAGCUCAAUCAGGAGAUGACAUCGAUUUCUAUUCGCGAUUCUUCGCACCCAAUGCUGGCAUUAAUGAGGACCCGGUAUGUGGAUCAGCCCAUACAGUGCUUAUGCCGUAUUGGGACAGACUGUUCAAUGGAUUGGGUGAUCAUAGGAAGCAACUCAUAGCCAAACAGUGUUCACAAAGAGGAGGACUUCUGUUGCCAAUAUACACGGUCGAUGCAUUCACUAUUAAUAACGAGCCCUUCACGGGAAAUGGAGCCGCGGACGACAUAUCGGACGAAAUAAAGCAAAAAAUAGCGUCCGAAAUGAAUUUGAGUGAAACGGCUUUCGUAGCCAAAGCGUGGACUAGGAGUCAGAAAGUGGUGACCAAUACAUACACUAUAAGAUGGUUUACACCCCUGGUGGAGGUGCCCAUAUGUGGCCAUGCUACACAGGCCAGUGCCGCUGCCCUAUAUGAUAGAUAUUUCAAACACCAUACACCUGGCUCAACUCAAGCAAACAGUUCAAUUCACAUUAAUCUUUUAUAUGAAUUGCCCAACAAUUCAGCCGUAAAUGUGUGUCGUUUUGUGGAUGAAUACAGUGUAGUGUUUGGUCAACAAAGUGGUGAAAUACAGUUAAUUGAUGUGAGAUAUAGUGAUAAAGUUGUCAAAUGUUGGCAAACGAGUGGUUCACCCGUUCUAUCACUUCUUGCGUUCAGACAUAAACAGAGGAAUGGAUUCUUCGCGGGUCGAGCGGACGGAUCCACUGUUUAUCACUAUUUAGACUCAGAUUCAGAAACUUUUCAGUUGAGUGGACCUGAUUUCGAGGCCAUCUAUGAUGUGGCCACUGAUGGCACUCAUGUGUUCACCGCCUGUAGAGAUCAUUGUAUCCGUAAAUAUGAUCUCAACGUUAUUACAAACUCUUAGACUAAUCACAAACAUUUCGUUCACACAAAUACACCACAAAUGUACUCAUUAUCUAAUACUGUAUUUAUACCAUUCUG